AUGGACCCAUCUCAAACUGCUGAGGAAUCAACUGUUGCGACCGAGCCUGUCCCCAAGCCUGUCCCGGCCCCCGCUUCCGAAGCUUUGAUCGAGAGACCAGCAUCACCCGUAACGCCGGCAGCCUCUAUAGCGCCCAAUGACCUCGCGUCUCCGCAGGCUCCCCAGGAACCGGAGUCAGCGGCAGUGGCUACAGAGAAGCUGUCAUCGAGGCCUAAGUCAGCAUCACCCAGAGCGAACGGAACACCCUCCCCGCCAGGUAAGAAAGCAAGAGGCAAGCGCAAGAGACAAGGCUCUCAGGAAAGUGAACGAUCGUCGCCUACUACAACCAGUCCGAAGACGAGCGAAGAGCAGAUCGAACAACCCACAGAGCCCAUGGAUACAUCGCUGGAUAUACAACCUGAAACUACAGAACCAUCAGCCACAGUUGUGCCAGAUACUGUUGAACUGUCAAACGACACAAUUCUUCCAGAUCUUCCUGCGUCGACCCAACCCGUUGAGCCUCAAACCGUCGCCGAGCCCCAAUUGACCGCCCCAUCCCAAGAAACAACCCAAUCCCAUGCCGCCACCGAACCUCAACCGACUACGAAGCAGUCAAGACUACCCGUUCCUUCGCGAGCCAAGCGACCACGCGGCGAACGAGCUGCAUCCGUCCAGCCAUCUACGACUACGGUCAAAGAGCCUCGAGUGGCGAGAGCAGGGUCCGCGGAAAGUGCGCCAAGAAUCCGGACACGGGUGGAUGGGCCAGAGAGUCAGAGAGCAGAAGGAGCCCGCAGAGGACGUCCGCUACAGUCGGAGCGCGCUGGUCGCCCCGGAAGAAAGGUUUCGCCCUCUCUCCAGGACGUGGUCGAGGAGGAAGCUCCAGUCGAGGAGGCGCAGAAGGAGCCCAUGCCAAGAGGGCGGAGACCCAAGGCAUCUGAGCCACAGCCGCCGGAGCCAUCAGAGGCGCAGCCGAAGCGCAAAGGACGACGACCCAAACAAGCAGUUCCGGAGCAAGCGGAACCUGCACCACAGCCACAGGGCCAUGAAGCAGAGGCGGAGACAGCAUCUCGCUCGAAGCCAAGAGGACGGAGAGCUAAGCUAAUGGAACCGACACCGGAGACAGCAGCAACGGCUCCGGAACCAGCGAUGCCUGAUUCAAGGCACAGAGGGCGAAGAGCGAAGACCGCUGAGCCAGAGCCGGUAGAGCCAGAGGGGCGGAGAGCUAGGACUGCAGAGCCAGAGAUUCCACAACCAGAGACAAAACCGACGGAACAACCAGUGGACGAGCCAGAGCCAAGGACGGCUGAGCCGGAGGCAGCACAAGCGGAGCCCGGCGCGGCAGAUCAACAACCAGCCGAGGCAGAGCCCAGGCGCAGAGGGCGGAGAGCACGGACAGCUGAGCCGGAUGAACCACAACCACAGCCAAAUCCAGAGCAGGCCACGCAAGAAUCAGUUGAGACAGCGCCGAAACCCAGAGGACGGAAAGCACGGACAGCCGGGCCGGAAGUUGAAACAGCGCCAAAGCCAAGAGGGCGGAAGGCGAGAGGAGCCAAGUCGACACCACCAAUGCCAGCAGAAGCUGUUCCGGAACCUGAAGUGGUCGAACCCGAGGCACCCGCUGAACCCCGAUCUCGCAAGCGUGAUCGUGGCGGCAGGCAGGCAGAAGAGAUCAACCCUCCGACGCGGAGACGCAAGCCCAGACAACCUCGCGGAGAGACCGUGCCGGUCACUGUGCAUCGUCUUGCGAACGUUGCUGCUCUCGGGGGCGACCCCACACUGUUGGAGUCGUCGGAUGACGAGGGCGAGACCGCUGAGGCAUCGUCCCGAAGCGGCGUGAAUGUGGCCGACACAUUGGAAAAGACGCUGACAACGCUGACCAACGGCAUCGACGGCGAAGGGAACGACGGGCGACGCGCCGAAUGGACGCGCAAGAAGAAGGUGGUCGAGGCCCGACUGCUCGAGCUGAGUGAGAUGCUGGACGGCAACUUCGUGCUUGGGCGCGAGAUGAUGGAGUAUCGGAGUCGACUGUACCAAGUGCGAAAGGAGCGAGAGGCGGUUGCGUUGCAAAUGGACGCUUCUGCACGAAAGGCGCGUUCGACCAUCAACAAUUCCCUCCACAGUCUCGACCUCGCGCUGGAGCGUCGUCAGACCCACCCGGCCGAUCCUGAUGAGACCACUGAUCUGGGGGGGAUGGAGUUUCUGCUUCGCAACGUUGCGGAGACGGUCAGUUCCGCCGCCCCCGGCGGCCAGGGCGGGCUGCUGCACCAACUUCGCUCCUUCAACGCACAGCUCGAAUCCACGGCACGGCGGCUGGAGAGUUGA